UUCCGCCCACCGCGCAUGCGCGUCCCACCGGUCACCUUCCCCUCUGGCCCCGCCCCGCCGUCCCCGCGCAGGCGCAGUGGCAGCGCCGGCGUGAGGGGAAGCGGGGGCGGUUCCGCCAUGUACCGGCACGGCCGGGCCGCCGCCGCCGCCGCCGCCGCCCGCCUCCGCUCCGCCGCCCCCCCGCUCCGCGCAUGGAGCCCGCCCGGGGCCGCCGCGCCCGCCGCGGACCCGCCGCGCCGCCGCUACCGAGCGCGGCCGCAGGACCUGUCCCCCCCCGAGGGGCUGGGGGGUGACAUCACCACGGUGGACGGUCACCGCGAGGAUGACAUCGCGGUGCGCGACGCUGUCCCCCCCCCGGCCCCCCCCGCCCUCCUCCUGCUCCUGCGAGGCCACGCCCCCCUGCUGGCCCCCCCCGGGCCCCCCCGGCCCCCCCCGACCAUGGACGAGCAUUUGGCCGCCAUGCACCAGAAGCUGCAGCAUGAGCUCCCCAAUUUCUUCCUGAAAAUCCCGGAUUACGGGCUGUACGCCCCCGACGUGGAGUUCAUCAACCCCGUCCUGCGGCUGCACACGCGGGGCCGUCCCAUGUACGCGGUGGCGGUGGCGCUGUGCCGGGCGGUCGCCUGGGGGUACUUUGCCAGCGUGCGGCUGGAGGUUCUGGCGCUGACGCGGCACCGCGAGGAUUGGAGCCUGCGGGCGCGAUGGCGACUGACGGGGCUGCCCCUGCACCUGUGCCUGCUGCGCUUCUACCGCCGCGACAAGGGACAGCUGCUGCGGUCCUACGACGCCUUCUCCACCUUCUUCCUCAACUCGCAGGGGCUGAUCCGCUGCCACCGCGUGGACAAGAUGAUGCCGACCCCCCGCGACGUCACCGAGGACAAGAAGCUGUUGGUGGCCGCGGUGACGGCGGCGCUGGGACCGGCGCUCACGGGGGACACCGGCGUCCCCAAAGUGUCCCCGUUGUCACCCCCCCCUUAACUUAAUGUACAGAAUAAAACACGACGCGCGCCGCGGA